GCCUCUUGCCUCUUCACGCUGCGCACUCAUACUACGGCCAAUUCAUCAUCACAUCUCCAAUUCCACCGACCCACCAGUCAGGAAUGUAAAUAUAACUAGUCAUUCCCCCUCUCAUAUCUCCAAAUCAUGGCUUUCGCAGCGGUCCGCAGCUCCUUUCUCUCACCGACCCGUUUCAUACGACCGACUAUGCCGGUAUCCCAGCAAAUACGGACUCAGGCUCAGACCCGUCAGGUCUCUUUUUCGUCAUACCUCGUUACUCCUAAAGAGCUCUCAGAUGCCCUGAAGAAGAAUCCGUCUACGAAGAUCUCGACUUCUCCCCGCGUAAUACCCUUAUGCGCAGCUUGGUUUAUGCCCAAUGACCCUGAGGGUCGCACAGGGAUUGAUGUUUUUCGUAAACACCGUGUACCACAAGCUCGCUUCUUUGAUCUGGAUGCUAUUAAGGAUACUGAGUCGCCUUACCCGCAUAUGCUUCCAACUGCAGAGACGUUCGCCCAAGCAAUGAGUGAGCUUGGGAUUCGACGUGAUGAUGAGGUGGUUGUCUAUGAUACGGAGGAGCUCGGAAUAUUCAGUGCACCUCGCGUUGGGUGGACACUCAGAGUGUUUGGGCAUCCCAGAGUUCAUAUCUUGAACAACUACAGGUUAUGGGUGCGCGAUGGCUACCCGACAGAGACCGGCGAGCCUCGUCAACCGGAGAGGACGAACUACCCUGUGCCUUCAUACGACUCAAAGCUCGUGAUUCCAUUUCGUGAGCUGAAGGAGAUCGCCAAGGAGCAUCGCAAGGAGGGUGCGAAAGAAGUUGAAAUCCUGGACGCCCGAUCUCAGGGCCGCUGGGCGGGAACUGACCCUGAGCCGCGCCCCGGUCUAUCCUCUGGACAUAUCCCUGGAUCAAUGAGUCUCCCGUUUCAGGAAUUGCUGGAUCCUGAGACCAAGACAUACCUUCCUCCAGACCAAUUACGAAAGAUUUUCGAGUCGCGCGAUAUUGAUGAGACCAAGUCUAUCAUCAGCUCCUGCGGUACCGGCGUGACAGCUACUAUAGUCGAGACGGCGCUGGGGCUGGCCGAAUACGGUGACCCUAGUAUUCGAAGAGUAUACGAUGGAAGCUGGACGGAAUGGGCUCAGCGUGUUAGACCAACGGAUGGAUUGAUUAAGAAGGCAACCUAA